AUGACAAGAUACACCAAGCUCGGCUCGCGGCGUGAAGUGCCGGUCAAGUCUGGCUCGCCAGGACCGGACCAGGUCGACGCGGACGAUGUCGAGGUGGCCGCUACCGCCCGCGUCGAGCAGGCCGAGGAGGCAGCCGAGUCAUCGUCCUCCUCCUCCUCAUCUUCCUCUUCGUCGCGGUCCGAAUCUGCACCAGACACGCCAGCUUCAGCACCUGCAUCGCAACCGACAAAGGAGGAGAACGGGGAGGAGGAGGUCACGCCGAAACCUGCUCCGACCGCCGCCACCGCAGCAUCCGACGAGCCGGUCAAGCCAAAGACAAAGGAGCAGCUGCUCAAACGGGCCAAGCUGCUCAAGCUCAAGGCGAAAAAGGCAAAGACGCUCGAGUCGAAGAAAAAGUUCCUGCGGCAGGCGUGGGACCUGGAAAAGGAGAGCGACCAGCUCUCGUACCACUCGAGCGCCAACAAGCGCUCUCGCGACGAUGGCGCCGGCGGACCGUCGAGCAAAAAGGCUCGCCACGGCGGCGCUGGCGAUGCAGCCGUCGCACCGGGGGCGGGCGAGGCGAAUCCGUGGAAGCGGAUGUUUGCGGAGCAGCAGUCGGAGCAGAUGGACAAGAGCGAGGCGAGGCGGCUCAAGCGCAUCGAGGAGCGGGCGGCCAAGGUCAAGUGCUUUGCCUGCCGCGGCAUGGGGCACGAGGCGCGCGACUGCCCGCAGGCCCUCGACGCCGAGAGCAACCGCAUCGGGGGCGACGUGACAAACGACAGCGUCGCAAAGGGCAUCACGGGCAAGGAGACGGUCGGCAUCUGCUUCCGCUGCGGCUCCACGCAGCACACGCUCAACAAGUGCAGGAAACCCGCCCCCAAGGUCGGAGACGACCUGCCGUUUGCCACCUGCUUCGUGUGCGGAAAGAGGGGCCACCUCUCGUCAAAGUGCCCCUCGAACAAGGGCCGAGGCGUGUAUCCGGAGGGAGGGUGCUGCAAGCUCUGCUCGAGCGUCGAGCACCUGGCGCGCGACUGCCCGCUCUCGCUGCGCCGCGACCCCAACGCCGGCGCGGGCAACACGGCGGCCCUCAUUGACUCGGUCCAGCCCCGGCCGGGCGCCGGCGCGGGUGCGGGUGCAGACGAGGACCAUUUCCACUCGCUCGCGCGCAAGAAGCUCGAAGUCGAAUCCGACCUCGCCGCUUCGCGCGACGCCAAGAAGGCAAAGGAGGACAACAAGAAGGCCAAGAAAAACAAGGUCGUCACCUUCUAA